AUGGGUUUCAGAAUCAUUAUCGUCGGUGGCGGCAUUGCUGGCCUCGCAGCGGCCAUCGCGCUUCGACAGGACAAUAGGGAGAUUAUUAUUCUCGAGCAGUCGCCUAUCAGCCAAGAGAUUGGUGCCACCAUCUCUCUCCAGCCGAAUGCGUCAAAGAUAGUCGAAGGGCAAUGGGGUCUCGCAGCAACAUUGAAAGAGCGCGGGGCCAUGGUGGAUGAGGCGUUCGAAGUGUACAAUCUCGAUGGCGAGAUGCAGAUGCGGAUUCCACUCGUAACAAAGGACAAGUAUGGUGCCGAGAGGAUGAUGUACCACCGUGCGGAUCUGCAUGAGGCGCUGAAGCACCGGGCGACAUCUCCGACAUUUCCUGGUCAAGCGGCCGUGCUUCGCACCUCAAGUAGGGUUGCCAGCUGUGAUUGUGAAACGGGUACUGUCGAACUUGCCAGCGGAGAAGUGCUCUCUGCAGAUCUGAUUAUCGGCGCAGACGGAAUAAAAAGCGCGGUCAGGGGAUGUGUUCUUGGAGGAGAGGUCAAUGCCCGGCCAACGGGGCUGUCGGCGUACAGAAUGAUGAUCCCCGCGGACGAAUUGCAACAACAAUCCGAGUUUGCGAAGGUUAUCAAUCCACGCAAAGGCUGCACUACUAUGGUCAUCGGCCAGGAUAGAAGGUUAAUCAUGGGGCCAGCAAGGAACGGCACGAUCUACAGCAUUGUCGCCCUGGUGCCGGACGAGAGCAUGAACGAGGAUUCAAGAAUCACCAGCUGGACGACAAAAGGCGACCAUGAGAAGAUGAUGAAGACGUUUGCAGACUUUCCAGACUGGGCUCAAAAGCCACUCCAGCUAGCGAAAGGAUCAGCCUUAGGGCUUUGGCAGCUUCGCGACUUAGACCCCUUGCCGACAUGGUAUCGUGGCCGUGCUAUCCUGAUCGGCGACGCCGCCCAUGCGAUGUUGCCGACUCAAGGUCAAGGCGCCAGCCAGGCCAUCGAAGAUGCGGAAGCACUUGGCGCUUUCUUUCAUGAGUUUGAGAGAACAACGCCGGUCAACUCUUUAGGAGCUGUGGCACAGGUGAACGACGCUGUUUUCCGUUGUCGAUAUGACAGGGCGACGACGAUUCAGCUAUAUAGUCGUCAGGCGGCUAAACCUGCCACCGAGCCCGGCAAUCGCAAGGUCAAUAUGAACCCCGCCGAGUUCAUGGAUUAUAACUGCUCUUAUAAUGGCGCGCGGGAUUGGUGCAAGUGA